AAUAAGUCCAGGGAUCUUAAACGUCGUUUGAAAAGGACUCCAUGAAGAUGGAACCUAGCCUUGGUAUUGAACGACUUUAAGUUGGGGCGGCGAGAUGACCAGCCAGGAAUGACUCCUGUGUCCAGAAGAGCAAACGCCGUUAGGUCUGGAGGAAAACGCCCACUCUCAUGAUCAGGGUCAGAAAGGUUUGGGAUACAACACAUACUAAACCCGCCUCUUAGAAAUUCAUGGUGCAUAUUGUGAUCUAGCAAUAAAGGCUGAGCAGCCACACACACAGAAAGUGCCCAUAUAAUUUAUUGUCCAAAUGCAAUCACUUGUGUCUAAGCUAAACACUAGAUCAGUCAAGGUAAUAGGACGACCAUUCUUGGACACCCUACAGAACCUGCUUGAACUCUGUCAUUCUGCAUCUCAAGAACUUAUUUCAAGAGAAAAUGCUUUUGUGUCAUGUUUUCCCAGCGUGGCGCUGGCACCGGGACUUCAGUUGGAACCACACUGGCAUUAGGAAUGAUGUAGUGUCGUCAUCGGCUCACACUCACCGGUGCAGACAGCCCAGCGGGUGCGAGAGCGCUUCCUGUUUUCCCGAUUUGUGUUCAGUUCAUCCUAAUGAGCUCAGCUCCCCUGACAUUCAGUCAUCCCCGUAAUUUGUGGUGUGUUUUCGACAGGAUCCAUGGCAGCUAAUGUCCUAAAGGACUUGACGAUGGAUCAUCCCACGCAGCCUGUGGGGAGUGGGUCCACUCAACAUGCUGGUACUUCCUGCUUCUGAGUCUGAAGUGAACAGCCAGAUGGUGAACCUGGUCAGUUCACUCCACAGGGAGCUGUCAUGGUCAGCCAGCUUGCGUUCCCCUCAGAUGGCAACGCUGCUGCCCAGGCACCAGAAACUUACAGAUACCCAAAAAUGGUUGAGAUUGAACAGGCUGAGGCCCAGCUCUCUGAGUUAGACCUGCUGGCCAGCAUGUUCCCUGGCGAGAAUGAGCUCACAGUGAAUGACCAGCUGGCGGUAGCAGAACUGAGAGAUUGCAUUGAAAAGAGGACAAUGGAGGGCCGAUCUUCAAAAGUUCACUUUACUGUCAACAUGAGCCUGGACAUGUCUGCGGACACGGUGGUGGUGUUUUCUCUGGCCUGUAUUCUUCCCUUUGAAUACCCUGCAGUUCUGCCUGAAAUCACUGUCAGGUCAGUAUUAUUGAGUAGAUCCCAGCAGACUCAGCUGAACACAGAUCUGACCGCAUACCUGCAGAGGAAUUGCCUCGGAGACGUCUGUAUACUGAAUGCCACCGACUGGGUUAGAGAACACGCCUCUGGCUAUGUCAGCAGAGACCCCGCCCCUCCCCCCAUUCCAGAAAGUCCAGUCCAGCCUGUCCAUGUCAUUCUCACGAGACUCUGGAUCUAUAGCCAUCACAUCUACAACAAAUGCAAACGAAAGGAUAUUCUGCAGUGGGCAAAGGAGCUUUCCCUGUCCGGGUUUAGCAUGCCUGGGAAGCCAGGUGUCGUCUGUGUGGAAGGCCCCCACGGUGCUUGUGAAGAAUUCUGGUCAAGACUCAAAAAAUUAAACUGGAAGAGAAUUUUGAUUCGCCAUCGAGAAGACAUUCCUUUGGAUGGUACAAAUGAUGAAAUGGAAAGAUGGAGAAAAUUUUCAGUUUUUGAAGAAAAAGUGUUCAGUGUUAGUGGAGCCAGAGGAAACCACAUGGACUUUGGUCAGCUGUAUCAAUUUUUAAAUGCCAAUGGAUGUGGGGAUGUUUUCCAGAUGUUCUUUGGUGUGGAAGGACAGUAGCUGAGCAGAGGAGUCACAAAGUAUUUUGUCACUGUUGUCAAGAGUGGGUUUUUACCCACUCUUUCUUGAAAGAUUCAGUAAUUUUCCUUCAGUCCGUUCUAGAAUGUUAGGGGUAAAAGAAGAGAAAAAGUAUCAUAGCUCAAGUGCAUCUGUUAAAAAUUGUCCUGAUUGAAAGCAGAACUGAGGCUUUAUUUAUAAUCUUAAAAUUAUUGACAGGAAUACCUUGGCAUAUCUACCCAUUUUGAAAGAGAAAUUAAUUUGACUUGAGUUAGAUAAUAUUGGUAGUCCAACUUGCCACCCAUUCUCUAACCCAUGCCCUUUACCUGCCUCCAUGAGCUCUCCCAGCCUCUCUUGAAGCACAGGUGGCCUGGGGAUAGGGCUUUGGCUAUGGGUUGCCUGGUAAAACUUUUGCUUUCCUGGUUAUUAUGAUUGACACAGCGAGAGCACCUCUUCCCCCUCUUUUUGCUGCAACACCAAGGCUGAUGGUUGGAGCUGCAGUAGCCCCUUCAUCCACGAGGGCAGGAAGGGCCAGGAGAACCACAGAGAUGCCUUUGCCUGUGGUGAGCUGCUGAUCCAGCACCAGCCCCUGCCUCGCUGUAGAGAGCUUAUCUAUCUAUAUAAAAGCCUGAUAUCAAAGACCGGGAGACCGGGAGUUCGAUCACUCGCCAUGAUGUGCGCUGACCACCAGGGGGUGGCGUGGAAUGAAGGAAGGCCCCGGCCGGCCCUGAUCGCCAGUCAGGCCUAGGGACCCUACAUGGGCCUCUAGUUAUGAAAUAAAAACCAUCUUAUUUAUAUUUCUGUGCCACUUACUUGCAGUGGAAAGCUAUUUUGCCAAAUAAAUUUUUGAAAGCUUUAGUUUUUAACCCUUUUCGGUCCAACGUGGAGGCUGACUCGACAGACCAGGCGCUAGGAGCAGGUCCAAUGUCGAGGCUGAGGUCGACACCGCAAACCGGUUCAACAUUCAAUCCCAUCAAUUAAUUUGGACCAGACUGUUUGAAUUCCAAAAAUAAAAUUGGACCUCAAAGGUUUAAUCUACCCCAACCAUUUGAUACACAAAUAUGUGAAGUAUUUCUUAAGUAGAGUUUGCAGCUCAUAUAUAUUUGUGUAUACUUAAUGCUCUGUUCCUGAGUUCACCUCACAGAAGGGUAAGGCAUGAACUGAGCUCAAUCUCUUUUUAAAAAAUGUUUUUAUUGAUUUCAGAGAGAGGAAAGGAGAGGGAGAGAUAGAAACAUUAGUAAUGAGAGAGAAUCAUUUAUUGGCUGCCUCCUGCACGCCCCACAUUGGGGAUCAAGCCAGAAACACAGGCAUGUGCCCUGACCAGAAUUGAGCCAUGACCUCCUGGAUCAUAGGUCGAUGCUCAACCACUGAGCAACACCAGCCAGGCUGUACAUUGUUUUAAUAAAAAACACACUGCUAUGUACAAAUAUACAGAUCUCAAGUGUAACAAAAAACACAUAGAAUAUAAUAAUAUAUUAGUUUUCUUCCUUGAGACAAACCUGUCAAAUUUAGACAUUGGAUUAUUGACAGUGACCAAGAAAGUACAGAUGUUCCAACCUCAUGAUUAGUAAAUUCCUUUGAAAAUGGGUGAGAGUAGUAGUCAGCAAAAAAGAAAACAGCAAGUUAGAUGGUCCUACCUACAUUAAUGUAAGAGACACAAUAAAAGUUGUAAGAAGCUAAAUGUUAGAGCAAUAUGGCUUCCUUAGACUUUAAAAAUGAAUAUAUAUUUGAUAUAAAGAUCCUGAAAUGUAAAACUGUUCAAUAUGUAUAUUCAUUCCAUAAUGACAAUUUUUCUAUGUAUUAUUUCGGUAAUAUGUCUGGAACUAGAAUCAUCUAUGAAGAAAGUGUUAUCCUUAAAAGAAACUAUUAAUGCCAAAUCAAAUUAUGAUUAAAAGUUAAAAAUCUAGAAAACAGUGUGAGCAGAAAA